GCUCCGGCACACAGCUGCGUGCCGGCGACAAGUGAAGUGGUGUUGCGUGAAGGCGAGCAGAUAGCAGCAGACACAGCGGCUAGCAUUCUGACGUAUCAUGGCGGCGCUGCUGAGAAAGGCUUUCCAAAAGUAUCCAUACGUGAGCAAUUGCCUGACAUAUGGAACACUCUACGUGGGCGCUGAAUUCUUGCAGCAGACACUCACCCGAAAGAUACUGGCUGAAGGCGAUGCGCAGCCUUACGACAAGGGAUCUCUCGUGCGAUAUGCGAUAGUUGGCAACACUAUUUACCCGACAAUGCUUUACACUUGGUACAAGUGGUUAGACAAGCGCUUCGUGGGAACAGCUGCCAGGACUGUAGUGAAGAAGCUGGUAUUGGACCAGCUAAUCUUCACGCCACCGGUCAUCAUCGCCUUCUACAUCAGUAUGAGCAUACUUGAAAGAAAAGAUGAUAUUUUCGAGGAGUGCAAAACGAAGCUUCUCCCAACAUUUAAGACCAGCUGCUUGUUCUGGCCGCCCGCGCAGUUACUUAACUUCUUGCUGGUUCCGCCUGCAGCUCGUGUCGUGUUCGUGGGCGGCUGCGCGCUUGUCUGGGUGAACAUCCUCUGCUGGUUCAAGAGACAGGAUUACUGAGCCGGCGGCACUGGUUCGCCAGCUUUUCACUUGUACACUCAUUCUGCGCUCUACACGCAGAAGCAAUCACGCUGUAACACUGCCCGUACUUUAUAAAUUGAUUGUUUUAUUUUAUUUUUUUUUAAAUUUAACAUCAUUAAUUAUUUUUCUUUGUUUAUUUGGAUUUAAUUAUUUUGCUUACAUUUAUGAGUUUUUUAUUGUAUAUUUAUAAUUAUUAUUUUUCCUUUGACAUUUGUAACACUAAAUAUUUGAUAUGUCAAUUUCUCUGAGCUUUUAAAUCGUUUAUGAUUAAUAACUUGUUUUGGUCGAUGAUAAAGUAUGUUCCAAGCUGUAGGUAUAAAUAAUAUAACAGUUUUUUAACUAUGAUUUAAUUAUAAAAUGUUGUUAUAGGCAUUUGUUGUUUAAAAUAAGUUUUAAUACCAAUUUAUAAAAAUUGGUAUUAAUAAUUUUGUAAUUUUGUUAAUGCAUUAUUCUGAAGGAUAGUCUUCGUUUCCAAGCACUUAAUGUAAAUUAUAGUGGCAUAAUGUCAGAUAUAUUUAAGGUUUCAUUCAAAGCAAAUCCAUUCUGUGUUGGAAUAUCAAAAGGAGAUGUUUGGAAAUGGACAGACAUAAAUUUUAUGAGUGGCAGGAAAUGCUUAUAUAAGUAAUGUAUGUUAACGCACAAUAGUCCAAAUACUCAAAAUGCAGUUAUAUUUGUAAACUGAGGAACGCAAUUACUUAUUUUAAAAGUUUGUUAUUAUUGCUUUAUUUGUUAUUUAUGCCUUCAUUUUGUAAACGUAUCAAAAUUAUUCUUUGAUUAGAUGAAAAUGGUUAUUUUUUAUAAUAUUUAUUUUAUGUUUUACUGUGUUGUACAUUCAUUCUAUUUCGUCCUGUUUAUCAAUUUCUUUGUUUAAUAUUUUAUUUUCUUGUCUCGUUCUUAGAUAUUACACAAAUAUUUAUAUAAUGGAGAAAAUGUUUUUCACAUAUGAGCCACGUAGUAGAGCUUUUCGUAUGUUUCUAAAAACGUGCAAAAUAACUCUUUGGGACAGUGUUUGAAAAUAUUUGUGCUUGUAGGUGACUUGGUUUCUUGUGUUACAAUACAAUGAUUUCCCACUAUUAGAAAAUUUCUGUAAAAUUACGGAAACGUUCUGGUAAAAUAAUAUUACUGUGAACCUAAAAAAAAAUUAACAUUCCAUAAGAAUUGUAAUAUUUUGUUCUUCAUGAGGUUAAGAAAAUACAUUUUUGAAAA